AUCUCCAGGGUACACCCCUCAAUCCCAAUCCCAUAUUACUUUCCUAAUCUGAUAACGGACCUCUGAGGAUCUUACACAGAUGUAAAACCAAACCGAAUAAGCUUUUUAAGAAAAGGAAGCCAAGAAAAAAAUGUCUUCUUUACACCUCACGCCGCUAUCUGCCCUGCGCAUAAGCGCACACUACAUUCCCUCUCAUGCCCUGAUUCCAAACACCACACCACACGGCCGUCCGCUUAUAAUCUACCAUUCAGCUUUUCCUCCGUCAACUUCUCCUUCGACGCUAGAAAGCCAUGUCUCCCGUAACGGUCUUUCCCCGCAAUGGCGCUACACAAUGUACUCGACGACACACUACCACUCAACGACGCACGAGUUUCUGUGUAUUUUUUCUGGGCGUGCUCGACUACUUUUCGGAGGAGAAUCUAAUCCGGGUAAGGUAGAAGCCGAAGUAAGCGCGGGAGAUGCCGUGCUUGUGCCGGCUGGGGUUGGACAUCGGUUGGUGGAAGAUGUAGACGGGGGGUUCACCAUGGUGGGGAGUUAUCCAAAGGGAUGUAGCUGGGAUAUGUGCUAUGGAAAAGAGAGCGAGGAAAGCCAAGCAGAAGCGGUGGGCCAUGUAGAAUGGCUGAAGAAAGAUCCACUGUAUGGGUACGAUGGACCGACUGUUUGGGAGAAGGAGAAAUUGGACCAGUUUCGUGGAGAUAAGAGUGAGCUGUGAUGGAGACGUAUGGGUAAGCCUGGAGUCCUGUGCUGUUGCAUCACUCCAGGAUCACAAGAUCGUAACGACCGUUUUUUUGUAUUUCUUUCGCAGGGCAUCUACUCGUACAGAUGUG